AUGUUUUCUUCUCAGGGAAGCACUUCCGUGACCUCAGCGUCUAUUCGACCGCGACGACGACAGAGACCUAGAUCAGAGGAUGGCUUCCAACCUCCUCGAGCAAAGAGACAACGGUCAGCAAAGCAUGCUGAAACUAGCGAUGACACGGUGCUUGACACGGCAGCUUACGAGCAAGCGCAUCCUUUGGCGGUAGAAGCUGACCUUGAUGGUGGCCCUUCACUUGCUGGCGGAGAUACAUCCAUCGAGCUCCCCGUACGCGGUCGUAAGGAGCCAGACAGGUCUAACUACGAUUCACGCUCAACCCUUAUACUAGAUAAUGGCUUCUACAGUGCCACCCAAGUUUCCACCCUACCAGAACCGCUUCAAAAAUCUUCAGCGCCAUUCCGAUGUAUUAUUUCUCCAGAGCAUGGGAACACCCUCAUACUCACUCAUAAGCAUGCCUACGCUUGGGCUUAUUCGUCAGGUUCUUCCUCCAUUAGCCCAAGAGACUACUCUAUAUUCAACAUACCUGAACCUUCUCCGAGACAUAUUGACCCUUUACCACUCGGCGCAUUUACGUCAAGCUCGUCAACGAGCGAUGCGGGAAUGUUGGUGGUGAUACCAUCCACGGGGAAAAUAACGUUUUGGCAGACCAUUUCGAACAGCGCCAUUCUUGGAUUGAUAAAACAGAAAUGCAACACUAUUCACGGCUCGAUACCGGGAAUGAUGUCCGGAGAAUUUGUGACGGGUCUACUUAACGCGGAGCCGUCUGGGUUCAUCAUUACUCUUUCUACUGGACGCGUUGCCCACGUUACCAUUAUGGAUGCUCAUGGGAAAGCAAGCCUGAACAUAAGAUUCCUUGACCUUGCUAACCGCGCCGUGGGCGGUGGGAUAUUUGGAGGAUUGAGAAGUGUGCUGAGCGGCGCCUCUUGGAGAAGGAACAUCGCAGCCGCAAAGGCGGGUAGAUCGACGCAGCGUGGCCAACGAGAGGUCAUCAUUGCGACUAGUUCAGGGUUGAUUGAAAUCUGGGAUAUACACUGGAACAAUGGCAGUAGCCUGAAGAUACGCAUGGACACAAUGCAGGCGAUAAGCAGAGCUUUGCGGGAGGCUGACUUGACGUCUGAAAAUGGCUCACUUGUCUCUAUCCAAGUUCUGGACUUUGCUUUCAAAGACACCAGCAAAGGUCCAAGCGAUACGGAGCAAGAUCUCUCGCUUUGGGUUCUAUUCUCUGUAACAGGACAGACUACUUCAUAUUUCGUUGUUGACUUGGCUUUUCCAGAGAACCAGCCGGAAGCUAACCAGGCCUUCAAGGUUGACGAUGUGUACACCGAGCAGGAUUCUGACUCUACCCCAAAAAUAUAUGUCCCCAGCCCGGGACACAGCGCCUUUAUAGUUUUCAAAACCGCGAUUGCAUUGGUAUCAUUAGCGCCAUAUGAAGAGUCCAUCGAUGGUAACGCUCUUGAAUUUCAGGACCUUAUUCGGUUCCGGGAACGAGACAAUUAUGUGGUUAUUGGGUCGGCUCUAGAUGAUGUUAUUGAUGAGCAUCGGCGAGCCUGCUGUGUAUUGGUUAUUCAAAACUACGGGCUCGUUCAUCUGUCUAAUUUGCGCUUAGAACCUGAAGGAGGAAACGAUACUCAAUUGACCACCAAACUACGGCUUGAGCAGAUUGUCUUCUUCGAAAAUACCAAAGGUAACCCAGUGGAUUUCCACCAUUACAGGGAAUUGAAUUCCGAAUCCCACCUUGAGGAGGCAAUCUUAGAUAUUAGUGACGAAAUUCUUCGCUCGAGCUCAAGGUAUAUUUCCUCGAUUGCCGCGUCAUUAGAACACCAAAUGACGCUGCGGUCCAACGCCCUACAAGCCCUUGCAAAAUACAUCAAAGACCGGCAAGUAGAGCUCACUUAUUUGACUCGGUGGCAACUUCUUUGGAACGCGGAAAAGAUGGCGGCGAGCAAGGCAAUCUGGGUUCUCUACAAUGGCCUCAAGAAAAAGUAUCCCGAUAAGGACCUGUAUCUUGGACAUUUGAUCGAGACUAUGGGAGAGCGGUUCAAGAGCGUGACGAAGGACAAGGAUGGGCCGGAGGACCCUAUCAGACAUUGGUUCAUUUAUGAUACUUGGCAGAUGGAACAUAUCAUCCCGUGGAUAAUGAAUGGGAUUCGAGUCGCUUAUAACAAACCCCAGAGUGUGACCCCGGAUUUCAUCGACAGGGUCUGGCAGGCAGGCGAGAUCUCGCUUGCAGCGUUAGAGUCUGCCUUUAGUUUCCGUCGAGAGAAUGCACGCCUGUACGGAAUCGACGAUGCUUCGCUGUCGCUUACAAACCCUCGUGUUGCUGAGAUGCCCGAAUUUUGGACCUCGUUAGAUGUCAAUUACGACGAGACCGAAAACCUGCUGGACACUGAACUGAAUACAUGUAUUCAGUGGAUGCGACAAAGACCACAGAACAGUGAUCCAGAAGCCGAGGACACUCCGGCUAAAAUCCUCGAGAGUAAUCUUUCUAGGCAGUUUGAGGUCUUUUCACAAAUUUACAAGGAGCGCCGACAAUGGUGCGCGAUGAGUGGAGAUCGCCAGAUCCAGAAUGACGGUAAAUCCCUGGAAAAGUCACAUCGCGAAAGACGCAAGCCUCAGCUCUACAAAAUGGCUGCUAUCGGACAUUUAGAGGAGGCUGUAACUUUAGCUGAGAAUUUCAAUGACAUGACGGCACUGGUGGAGCUGAUGGUCGAGGUUCAUGAUAAGAUUGACCGGAAGCAUCCCCAGAAAGCGGUGGAUCGAGCAAUUCCCGGGCCACGCGAGGAGGCCUUGAAACAGUGGCGGUCUAGGAUUGAUAGCUACUUUGUUAAAUAUGGAGAGCCCUGGGCCGAUGCAUUCUUCACAAGACAGAUAACCGCCGGUCAGCCGGCCAUGCUGCUGAUUAUGCGGGAGUAUAAAGACGACGUCACCCGAUUCCUACGAAAGAGGCCGGGGUACGGAAAGCUUUCCUGGAUGAACGAAGUGCUAGGGGAGCACAACUACGACAACGCGGCGAAGAUUCUGACUGAGCUUGCGACCCAACACGAAACUAACCUAUGGAGCAAGAGAGUGGAACUUGCAUUGGCAAAACUUUCCACUCUGGCGGCGCGGGAGACUCAAGCUGGGCUGCAGGUGAACCUGAGCUGUUUCGAGGAUGAGACGGAGCUGGCAACCAUACAGGAGUCUGUGUAUGACAACCUUCCUCACCUGAACGAAGCCAUCGACGAAAGCGCGCGACUCCAGAUUGCGAACGACCAGUUCGCAAACAUCGUCGUGCGCUCCAAGCCUGCCCUGCGCGAGACCCUCCAGCGCGGACUAGCUAAGCUCGUGACGAGAUGUCCAGUCCAGGGAGACGAACUGGCUGACCUAUUGACCCUGAUGGACCCGAUCCCCGUAACGGAGGGGGGAGACAACGAGGUUGCGGGCCAUGAAUUCAGCCUUGCCCUCCGUGCGUUGAACCUAGGGGGGUCUAUCAAGGGAGACAGCGGUUACCGUGAGAACCUGGAGAAGAUUGUUUGGCGGCGCUGCAUGAUCCGGGACGACUGGGAGCGGAUCAGUGCCACAGCGGGCAAAACGGACGAGGAGCUCGAGGCCGAGAUACGUUCCACUGCACUAUUUAAGACCAUAAUGGACUAUACCAACGGACUUGGACUCGACAGCGAGUCGAACCACCUGCACCGGCCCACAGACAUCCUUGAUAGCGUGGACGUUCCACACAAGCUUGUCGCUCGGCUGCUUCCUGAGCAACGAAGCCAUCUGUCCACAGAGCUUGACGGCGAAAACAGUCUAUUGAAACAUUACAUAGAGAAGGGGAAGCUCGACCAUUGGUUUUCGUGGAUUAUCGAACAUGGCGUUCCCGAGGUAGAAACAUGA